AUGGAGAAGCACAUUUUCUUAUUGAUUCUUCUCUUUCUAAUCCAAUUUUCUACAUCACUUGCUUCCUCUAAUGAGACUGACCAACAAACUCUAUUAGCUUUCCAAAAUCUUAUUACAAGUCCCACUCAUUUUUUGGCCAAUAAUUGGACUAAAAAUACUUCUUUUUGCUCUUGGUUUGGUGUCACUUGUACUCCAAAAAGGCAAAGGGUUGUGGCCUUGGCUCUUCCUAAUUUGCAACUUCAAGGCACAAUUUCCCCGUUUUUGGCCAAUUUGUCCUUCCUCAGUGUUCUCAAUCUCCGGAACAACAGCUUCCGCGGUGGCAUCCCUUAUGAACUUGGCCACUUGCCUCGCUUGCGAGUUAUUGAUAUUCAAAACAAUCAGCUCAACGGAUGUAUACCAACAAGUCUAUUUCAAAACCGGAGAGUUCAAGUAAUUUCAUUGGCUUUCAAUGAACUCAGCGAUGAAAUGUGGAGAGGGCCAUGGUAUGUACCCAAACUCAAAGUCUUAAAUCUCAGGAACAAUAGUCUCACGGGUAUAAUCCCUCCUUAUGUUGGAAAUGCGACAAAAUUGAUGAACUUCGAUUUGUCUGGUAAUAGAGUCAGCGGCAACAUUCCAGAAGAGAUCGGUAAUCUGAGCCAACUUACAGAGUUGUAUUUGUACGACAAUCAAUUAAUAGGUUUCAUUCCCACAACAUUGUUUAAUAUUUCGUCACUUCUUGUCUUAUCUCUUAGAAUCAAUAGGCUUUCCGGUCCUCUCUUGCUUGGUGAAGGGAACAUUGUCUCAAAUAUGAACGUUUUAAGUAUAUCUCUCAAUCAAAUUUCUGGUUGCAUUCCUUCCAACAUAUGCCAACUCACAGAGCUCAAAGUUUUGUCCAUAUCUUUCAACAAUAUAACUGGAGACAUACCCAGAAAUAUUGAUUGUUUAUCCAAACUCGAGAUGCUUUUUAUUGGUGAUAAUCCAAUAAAAGGGACUAUUCCCUCUUCAUUGGGAAAUAUUUCCACUCUGCAUAAUCUUUACUGUCGAAACAAUCGCAUAGUGGGGGAAAUUCCUCCGGAAUUAGGGAAGCUAUCAAAUUUGAGGGAAUUAAUCUUUUCCCAUAAUUAUAAUCUUAUGGGUGAAAUUCCAAAGGCUAUUUUCAACAUAUCUUCUUUGGAAGUGAUUUCUUUCCAUCAAAACAACCUCUCGGGGAGAAUUCCAACCACUACAGGUCUUUAUCUUCCAAACCUUAAAAUACUUUCCAUGGGAGUCAAUCAGCUGGAAGGGGAAAUUCCAUUGUUCAUAACGAAUGCUUCCAAGCUUGAGAGACUGGAGCUAAAUAAUAACUUUCUGACAGGAACUAUUCCUACUAAUUUGGGAAAUCUUCGUGAACUGCAAAUACUGCUCCUACAUACUAAUCAACUUACCAAUGAACCAAGAGUGCAUGAGUUGCGAUUCUUCAUUUCUUUGGCGGACUGUAAGAUGAUGCGAUAUCUGCAAGUGGGUUCCAAUUCGUUGAAUGGCAUUCUGCCCAAUUCUAUUGGGAAUCUUUCAUCUACUAUUGAAAGCUUUUAUAUAGGAGAUGCACACAUCAACGGCCUCAUCCCCACAAGUAUAGGCAACAUGAGUGGUCUUACCGCCAUAGACAUUGAAGAAAACAACUUGAUAGGGAGUAUUCCUUCUGAUGUUGGUAAGCUUAAACAACUCCAAGGGCUCUAUCUAUUGAACAAUAAAUUGCAAGGACAUAUUCCUGAGGCGAAUGUUUAG